AUAGCUGCAAAGGGGUGCCUGUUGUCCGGAGCUCCAGCUGACUGUUCCCAGCCUUCCUGUGUUAUCCUGGGGACAAUGUGGGCCUGGGUGCCAUGGAUGCUCCCUCUACUCUAUAAAUGUGGCCUGGCAGUUCUGCCAGCUAAGCCUGAGAACAUUUCUUGCAUCUUCUAUUAUAAGAAAAAUUUUACUUGCACCUGGAGUCCAGAGAAAGAAGCUAAUUUUACAUCGUACACAGUUAAGAGAACUUACAUUUAUGGACGUAUAAGUGAUACCUGUAAUUCUACAAGUGAAAGGGGGUCUUCGUGCUCUUUUCUGUAUCCAAGAAUAUCAAUACCAGAUUAUUCCACCAUUCAAGUGGAAGCUCAAAAUGCAGAUGGCAUAAUUGAAUCCGAUAUAACACAUUGGAAUUUGAAUACCGUAAUUAAAACCGAACCACCUGAGAUUUCCAGUGUGAAACCAAUUUUGGGCAUCAAACGAAUGGUUCAAAUAAAAUGGGCAAGACCUGUGUUGGCACCUGUUCAUUCUACUUUAAAAUACACACUUCGAUUCAGAAUGGUUGAUAGUGCCCACUGGAUGGAAGUCAACUUCAUGGAAGGUGUUUUUGGAGAAGAAACAUUCAACCUCACAGGACUGCAGGCUUUUACGGAAUAUGUCAUAGCUCUGCGAUGUGUGGCUGAAGGGUCAAGGUUCUGGAGUGACUGGAGCCUAGAAAAAAUGGGAAUAACUGAAGAAGAAGCUCCACAUGGCCUGGAUCUAUGGCGAGUCCUGAGACCAGCCAAGGUGGAUGGAAGAAGGCCCGUGCAGUUGUUAUGGAAGAAGGCUAAAGGAGCCCCAGUUCUGGAGAAAGCACUUGGCUAUAACAUAUGGUACUUCCCAGAAAACAGCACUAACCUCACAGAGACAAUGAACACCACUAACCAGCAGCUUGAUCUGUGUCUGGGAGGCAAGACCUACUGGAUAUACGUGAUUUCUUAUAAUUCUCAUGGGGACUCUCCAGUGGCCACCCUGAGGAUUCCAGCUAUUGAUGAAAAAUCAUUUCAGUGCAUCAAGGCCAUGCAAGCCUCCCUCACUCAGGACCUCCUGGUGGUGGAGUGGCAAAGUUCUGCUCUGGAGGUGGACUCAUGGAUAGUUGAGUGGGUCCCAGACAUGAACUCAGAGCCCUCAACCAUUUCCUGGGAAUCUGUGUCUGGGGCCAGGAACUGGACCAUCCAGAAAGAUGAAUUAAAACCUUUCUGGUGCUAUAACAUCUCUGUGUAUCCAAUGUUGGGAGACAGAGUGGGCGAGCCAUAUUCCAUCCAGGCUUAUGUCAAAGAAGGCGUUCCAUUAAAAGGUCCCACGACAAGGGCAGAGAACAUUGGUGUGAAAACAGUCACGAUUGCAUGGGAAGAGAUUCCCAAGAACCAGAGAUAUGGCUUCAUCAAAAACUACACCAUAUUUUACCAAGCUGAAGAUGGAAAGGAAUUCUCCAAGACAGUCAAUGCCAGCAUCCUGCAGUAUAACCUGGAGUCCCUGACACGAAAGACCUCUUACACUGUUCAGGUCAUGGCAAGCACCAGUGCUGGGGGAAUCAAUGGCAGCAGCAUAAACUUCAAGACAUUGUCUAUUAGUGUUUUCGAGAUUUUCCUUAGAACUUCUCUGGUUGGAGGAGGCCUUCUUAUUCUCAUCAUCUUGACAGUGGCAUAUGGUCUCAAAAAACCCAACAAACUGAAGCACCUGUGUUGGCCCAGUGUCCCAAACCCUGCUGAAAGCAGUAUAGCCAUGUGGCAUGGAAAUGAUUUCAAGAAUAAGCUAAAUCUGAAGUUUAAUGACUCUGUGAACACAGAAGAAGACAGGAUUUUAAAACUCUGUUCUGCCCCCAGUGACUUUAUUGACAAGUUGGUGGUGACCUUUGAGAAUGUUCUGGAAGAGCUUUCCACAGAGGAACCUGAAAAGGGUCAGGAAAACACUUUGGGAGGGGAAAAGAAUGAGUAUGUGACCUCCCCGUAUAGGCCAUAUUGUCCCCCUGUUUCAACCGAGACCCCACCCAGAAGAUCCCAGCACCCAUGUUCUGGGAUGCCAGAGGGGACCUGCUCAGAAGCCAGAGAGCAGCAUCUCCCUCCAGCCCAAAGUUUAGGGCCAGACCACCUCUGUGUGGAUGGCGCACCAAACCCAUACUUGAAAAAUUCGGUGACGACCAGAGAAUUUCUUGUGUCUGAAAAACUUCCAGACCAAACCCAAGGAGAACCCUAAAUGCCAUCGUGGCUUGACUCCCUCUGCAUCUCAGUGUGGGUGACUCACAGAAAGAAGACAUCAGGACUUGGUCAGAAGGGCUUCCUCGGCAUCUCCCCAUUCUGCUCGUGUUACAGAAAGCCUUGCAUCCUGCUGAGCAGCUCUUUGAGCUGGGUGGGCACAGACGGGCAGCGUGCUUGAGAAGAAAGGAUGGUGAGGAGCCCGAGCACUUUGCAGAUGGAAAGCAAUGUGUUUUCUUUUGUUCAGAUAACAAGCUCUCACUGAGGCUCUGACAGAUUGACUUGGAGGGGCAGUGGACCCCGGAGGGCCUUCCCUAGGAACUGGGCCAUGGGCAUAGCCUUUGCUGAGGCCACUCCUCAUGGUUCCGGAAGAGACUUGGCCUGUUACCAAGAGACAGUUGUUUAGUCAGCACUUGAGCACUCUGGUGGAACGUAAGGGUCUCUCCCUUCACCUUGACCUUCUGGGCUCCAAGCUCCACCUCCAAAGCUGCCCUGACAUCAUUUUAGAGAUUAUGUCUAUCUCUCAGCAUAGGGGCGGGAAGUGGGUGGCCUUCCCAGUGGUGCACCUGAAACGCCUCAUUACCCUUCUUAAAUCUCAAGUGUCUGUAGCAAUGCCCCACUAGGUCACUUGCCCUUGGUCUGCUCCACACCGGUGGCUGGCAUGUUGAGGAACGAGAGAGGGCCUCUGCUGAGUGCUGGGGAAUGGACUUUUGCCUGGCUGGUCUCCAGGCCAUUGUCCAGCCCUGAAAACAGUUCCUGGAGGCCCUUGCUGCCCCUCCAUCUUGCACCCAAGCCUGGGAAUAGAAAGGCACCAGAGACUGCAGUGGCUUUUUACAGGGAUUCUGGCCCCUCACCCCUGGCUCAGAGCCCAGGACUGCUUACUGAACACACCCUUCAAAGGCCUCUUCCCAGAAGCAGCUGAGCAGGGCCUGGGGACCUGCAGUGCUUAGCAACUUCACUGCUCUAAUACCAGGACUCCUAUCUUUCACCCACCAAAGCCCAGCCAGUCAGUGGCGCCUUUAGCCCAAGUGCUGAUGGCAGAUACCUGGGAACUUAUGGCUGGCUCUGGGCUCGUACCCUGACCACAGUGACAUCAGAUGACUUCCUGCUGCGUGGCUGUGACUCAUCUGGCUAUUGGGAGAGGUCACCGAAAGCCUGGUGAGAUGGGAGCAGCCGGGUGCAGCCUUGCCAGAUUGAAAGGCCGAUGGUACAUUUCCUAAGUUUGAGAAGUCAGUGCUUGUGUAGUGGGCACAAACUUCACAAGCCACCAACUCAGGGGUGCAAAAAUAUCACUACUUGCUAUAACAUUAACUUCUAGCCCAAGCCCCUGACCUUUUAAAGUAACUGCAGCCCAAUGUGGUGAUUUCUGAGUUGCCUUGGGUUUGUUAACUUAGUCACAUUUGGGAUUUUGAUGCCCUGUCCACCAGGAACUGGGUGUGUGCAUCACAGGACGUUCAGGGGAACAGUACAGUUUUGUCUCUCAUUUGGUAUCUGCCCAGCACUGGUCUUGGAAUGUGCCUUUGGCUCCUCCCUGUCCCUGUCAGGUCACCGGCCCCUUUGCUCAACCAAUUGCUGCAUCCUUACCAUGGGCGUGAGCUGGGGGAUGCGGUGGGGGGUGCUUUCCCAAAGCUCUCUCCUCAUUAAGUCUCAAGUGUCUCCAGCACCCCCACCCCCAAAUUCUUCACUCCUAGUUUACAGAAGAGCAACUACUGAUAAAUCAAGGAGUGAGGGAAGCCUGGAGCAGGGCACUGGGACCCCGUGGCCUGAGAGCACAAAGGGACCAAACAAAAGGGAUACCCGGGAUUCCUGGCUGUGGUGGGCUCUCUCUGCCCUGAUAUCUCCCCACCCCCAACUGUUGUGCCCCAGGCAUGUCUAUGACCCACCUGCCCCCAGAGUUCCAGACGUGGCCCUUUCCGGCCUACUUCUGAUUUGUGAACUUACAGAAGGUCCUCGCUUUGUACCCCACACCUCUCCUCUCUCUCCUGUGACCCUCUGCCACCUCCAGCUGGUGGUGGGGUGGGGGGGCAGUGCGCAGAGUGAGUCUCCCUAAGCUUGUUUGUCUCACACCUGGAUGGGGCUUUUGAGCCUCCACUCCAAGGGUCUGCUGGCUGAGGAGAGAGAAAAGGCCGCAGGUGGCUUCAGUGAGUAGGUUUCAGUGAUGAAGACGUUACCCUCAGCUCUCCCUCCCUUAAUCAUUUCUCAAAGCCUGAAGCAUCUUCUGAUAAACAUUUGGCACAUACCAUACCCCUGGCCCUUCCUCUGUUUCAUUUCUUCUUCCCUUUUCUCACUUUCCU